UUAAAUCUCAUUUGGCCCAUAGCUACUAUUUGGGUGAUGUCCAUCGAUGUCAUCCCCAGCGCUUAUCUUAUCACUCACAACCAGGUCCUGAUCUGACGUCGUGCAGGAAUUUCGACCAUCACUUAAACUCCCAACACCAGAAACGACAUCUCACAACACGAACUCACCACAAUGGCAAUGUCAAAAGCCAAUGGUACUCUACGAACAUGCCUGCGGCAACUCGUGCGCUCAGAGGGCCCAGCUCCCCUCCGAUCGAUAGCCGCUACACCCCGCGUCUUCAGCACGUCUCCCUCUCUGCUGAAGAAGCGCAAGAUCACAGCCCCUAGCAACAGCCCUAACAGCGCCAAUGCGAAGGCAGCUGCAGGCUCUAUGAACAAGGCGGAGUUCGAUACUGCAAAGGUGCCGAUGCCGGAUCCGGAAGAUCCCCUCGAUUUUACAGCUGUUAUUGCUGCGUAUGCUCCUAUUGAUGCGCACUUCAAGACCCAGCUGGCGGGUAUGAUCCAUGGUGGACGAUUCAAUCCUACCAAUUUGGGAUCGCUGCCUGUGCCCAUGAAGGAUCAUGACGGCAAUGAUGUGACAUUCCCUCUACGAGAGCUGGCGCAAGUCGUUCCUCGAUCUGGUCGGGCUAUUUCACUGCUCGUGAACGACAAGGAAUACAUCAAGCCUAUCAUGUCAGCGGUGCAAGCAAGCCGUGAGUUCAACCAACAACCACAGCGGUCAGAGGACAACGAACUUGAGCUUCUUCUCAAGGUGGAGCUCGAGCGCAAGGACGACGUCGAGCGACGAAUCAAAGAGACAGUACAGCACUGGAAGGACCGCAUUCGCAAUGCUAGAUCCAGACAUGAAAAGACACUCAAGGACUGGAAAAAGUCGGGCACUGUCCUCCCCGACAUUGUCAAAAAGGCCGAGAAGGAGCUUCAAAAGGUACAAGACAAGAAGAUGAAGGAAAUUGACCAGGAAGAAGCACAGACCAUCCGUCAACUAUAGAUGGUAAUUGUAUGAUAGAUUCAGAAUAUUGUGGUAUUACAUAUCGUGACAAGUGUACACUGAUCUCAAGAUCUAAUCUUUUAAGCGCGCGCCUUUCCACCCUUUCCAGCAGCAGGCUUCUUGGCCAAAAGUGACGUCAACUUCGUCUCAAAGGAGUUGACAUCGUUGGUAGAGUAAGUCUCGGCCCUGAGAUGCCAUGAGCGAGAGAGACCAACAGGGUCUGAAGCGAACUUGGGUGUCUCAUGUUGACCCUGAACAGCCCGCUUUGUGAUGACCUGACGAAUAGCCUCUUCGGUGUCGGUGAUGAUGGGGCCUGUGGAUUCUUUGCCUUCUGCCUUGAGCUUCUCCUGGAGGUACUUUUCGGUAGCCUCCUUAUCUUUUGGGUCGGCAAAGAAGCGAACACCAUUGGUCUCAAUCUCAGAGGCGUAAUAUUUGGGCUGGAAGGUGUCUGGUGCACCGACAUGAUCCGCUGUGCCGAGGACACUGAGGUUCUGAAGAACUGCAGCCGAUUUUCCAGAGGCGGAAUUCGGUGCAAGGGGCGCAAAUUCGUUGAUAGAUUCGAGUGUGAGAGAUGGCCUGUAUUCCGAGGUGAUGCCGAAUCGAAUGUUAUCGUCAAAGGACUUCUCAUCAGGAUCCAAUGUGUUGAACUCGUUUCGGUCGAUCCUCUUCUUAUCCUUGUCCUCUUCAUCCCUUGGUCGUCGAUCGUUGGUUCUUCCACCUCGGCCACGAGCACGACCUCCACGACCGCCUCGUCCUCUGCCCGCACCGAAACCACCACGACCUCUUGUUGGUGAAGAGGUUCGAACAGGUGUAGAGGAUCGAUCCUGAGCUGAUGAUCCUCCCCUAGCAAGUCCACCUCGACCUCUGUACAUAAGACCACCUCUUCCACGAGCUUCACCGCGCCCUCUGAGACCCCCACGUCCGCGCAGGGGCAUGCUCUUUAUAUCGAUAACCUUGGGACCACCAGCCGGGCUUCGAGGCGGCCUCGGAGUGCUGGGGCUUGGGCCAUCGGCUGCCUGGAACUGCGUUGUUGAGAAUUGGCGGGCGUAGUUUCGAAAAGCAUCCGAGACCUGCUCGAGCUCUGGCCUUGUCCGGCUGCACACCGAACGGAAGGCGUGGCGUUGCAUUUUGGGGUGGUUGUUUGAUGUGGUGAAGCUGAUUGUUU